UGUGCCUGGGUGAUUUUUUUUUUAAGCGAGAGAGUUUGUGCAAAGAUCCGAGCUGUCAGAGAUUUGAAAAAAAAAAAAAAAAACCAGCCCGGCGCUGGCGGAGACGCGCUCUCCCUGCAAAAAAAGCAAAGGCGAUUAAAGGCGCUGCCAGCCUCACGCUCUGGGCACAGCUGAGCGUGACACUCGGGGAAGUCAAACCCCUCACUACUGCCUAGGAAGAUGGCUAGUCUUUAAAGACUAUUUUUUUUUCCCCUUUAAGAAAAAAAUUAUUGGAGCUGUUUUCUUUUUUCUUGGUUUCUUUUUCCUUUCCUUUUCUUUUUUUUUUUUCUUUUUUCUUUACUUUUUUUUUUUUUUUCUUUUGGCCGUGGCUUACUCCCCAUUUAAAUCAAAUCAUUGAAUCUGGUUGCAGAAAGAAAAAAAGAAAUAGCCAAGUGUCUCCAUAUCUGGAUGUCUACAAAUUAGGGAGAGACAGCGAGAUCUAUCUGCUAGAUAAGAGCGAGCGAUCCAGGCCAGACGCCUGAGCUUUUUUCCUACACCCGCCCCGAGCCUUCGCUAGGGCUUCGCCUGCCUCCUUCCUCCGGGCACCCCCACGGGCCGCUGGCAAAGUGGGGUGGGGAGCGAGGCGGUGGGGGCGGGGGCCGGCGCGGCGGCCGGGGCGGCGGGGCGGCCGAGCAUGGAAGAACAGCAGACGGAACCUAAAAGUCAGCGCGACUCGGGCCUCGGCGCGGCGGCGACCCAGGGCGGCCUCAGCCUGAGCCUCAGUCCGGGCGCCAGCGGCAGCAGCGGCAGCGAUGGAGACAGCAUGCCCGUGUCCCCGCAGCCCGCGCCCCCCUCGCCGCCUGCGGCGCCUUGCCUGCCGCCCCUGGCCCACCAUCCGCACCUCCCCCCACAUCCCCCGCCCCCGCCGCCUCAGCAUCUCGGGGCGCCUGCUCACCAGCCGCAGCCAGCGGCCCAGCUGCACCGCACCACCAACUUUUUCAUCGACAACAUCCUGAGGCCGGACUUCGGCUGCAAAAAGGAGCAGCCGCCACCGCAGCUUCUGGUGGCUGCGGCGGCCAGAGGAGGCGCAGGAGGAGGAGGCCGGGUCGAGCGUGACAGAGGCCAGACUGGCGCAGGUAGAGACCCUGUCCACCCGUUGGGCACCCGGGCGCCAGGCGCUGCCUCGCUCCUGUGCGCCCCGGACGCGAACUGUGGCCCACCCGACGGCUCCCAGCCAGCCGCCGCCGGCGCAGGCGCGUCUAAAGCUGGAAACCCGGCUGCGGCAGCGGCGGCAGCGGCGGCCGCGGCGGCCGUGGCAGCUGCGGCCGCGGCGGCCGCAGCAGCCAAGCCCUCGGACAGCGGUGGCGGUGGCAGUGGAGGCGGCUCGGGGAGCCCCGGCGCGCAGGGCACCAAAUACCCGGAGCACGGCAACCCCGCCAUCCUACUUAUGGGCUCAGCCAACGGCGGGCCGGUAGUCAAAACUGACUCGCAGCAGCCUCUCGUAUGGCCCGCCUGGGUCUACUGCACGCGUUAUUCGGAUCGUCCAUCCUCCGGUCCGCGCACCAGGAAGCUGAAGAAGAAGAAGAACGAGAAGGAGGACAAACGGCCGCGGACGGCGUUCACGGCCGAGCAGCUGCAGAGACUCAAGGCUGAGUUCCAGGCAAACCGCUACAUCACUGAGCAGCGGCGGCAGACCCUGGCCCAGGAGCUCAGCCUCAACGAGUCCCAGAUCAAGAUCUGGUUCCAGAACAAGCGCGCCAAGAUCAAGAAAGCCACAGGCAUUAAGAACGGCUUGGCGCUUCACCUCAUGGCCCAGGGACUGUACAACCACUCCACCACCACGGUCCAGGACAAAGACGAGAGCGAGUAGCCGCCGCCGGCAGGGGCCGCGCGGUCCGGCCGCCGCGCCCGCGCCCCCUCCCGGCACUGCCGCCGCCACCACUCGGCCCCUCGCUGGGGGAGAAGGCAUCUGCUCAAAGGAGGGAGGGAGCGGAGGGAAAAGAGCGAGAGAGACAGAAAGAGAGCCUCUGAAUGGACAGUGACGUUGAAACACAGCAUUUUUGAAAAGGGAGAAAGACUCGGACAGGUGCUAUCGAAAAAUAAGAUCUAUUCUCUAUUCACAGUAUAAGGGACGAAACUGCGAACUCCUUAAAGCUCUAUCUAGCCAAACCGCUUACGACCUUGUAUAUAUUUAAUUUCAGGUAAGGAAAACACAUACGUGUAGCGAUCUCUAUUUGCUGGACAUUUUUAUUAAUCUUUAUUAUUAUUGUUAUAAUUAUUAUAAUUAUUAUAAUUAUUUUAUCCCCUCCCCCUCCGCCUCGCUGCCCCCGGCCCAGUUUCGUUUUCGUUGCCUUUUUCAUUUGAAUGUCACUGCUUCUCCGGUGCCUCACGACCCGCAUCGCUGGCCCUGGUUUCUCUGGGACUUUUCUUUGUGUGCGUGAGUUUGUUUCCUCGCGUGUCUGCCCACCGCCUCUCCCCCACCUCCCGGGCCUUUUCUGUCUGUCUGUCUGUCUGUCUGUUCUGCCCCCCUUUCGUUUUCCGGAGACUUGUUUAGAAACACGACCCCACAGACUGCGAGACUGAACCGCCGCUACAAGCCAAAGAUUUUAUUAUGUUCAGAAAUCUGUAGUCUGAAAUAAAGUGUACACUGUGCUCACGA